AUGGAGUAUGAUAAGUCGGUGUUGAUGAAUCAUUCUUUGGCUGCUAUGAAUGAGCUGCUAAAGUUGGCCAUGAUUGAUGAACCUCUCUGGGUCAGAAGCUUGGAUGGAAGUGUAGAGACACUAAAUGUUGAGGAAUAUGCCCGAUCAUUCACCCAAUUUAAUUGCAUGAAAUCUAGAGAUUUCAGAACGGAUGCCACAAGAGCAUCUCGUAGAAUGAUUAAUAAUGGUCUGACAUUAAUGGAGAUAUUGAUGGAUAAGAAUCUAUGGAUGGAGAUGUUUCCAUGCAUUAUCGGGAAAACAUCUACUGUUGAUGUGAUUUCAACUAGUAUAGGUGGAAGCAAGAGUGGUAUUCUACAAUUGAUUUACACUGAAUUACAAAUGAUUUCUGAUUUGGUUUCUGUUCGAGAAAUAACAUUUCUUCGCUACUGCCACCAAUAUGCGAAAGAUAUUUGGGUUAUAGUGGAUGUGUCCGUUGACAUGAUAAAUAAAGGUGCACAACAAUGUGAAAUUAGGAAUUGUCGGAGGUUUCCUUCUGGUUGUGUUGUGCAAGAUCUGCUUAAUGGUUACUCCAAGGAUUGA